AUGUUCUCCUCCUCCAUCCUCACUGUCUGCCUUUUGCUCUGCAACACCGUUGUUCAAGCGAGCAUUCCCUCGCUAUCUGGAUAUCACGUCGUGUGGUCCGAUGAUUUCAACGGCGCUCAAGGGACCGGUGUAGACACCUCCAAAUGGAAUCAAAUCGCUAAACAUCCCACCGCGAAUGGCGAGCAGGAGACCUAUACUUCUGGCACAGGCAACGUCCAUCUUUCUGGCGACGGCCAGCUGUAUAUCAUUCCCACCAAAGACUCGAGUGGAAAUUGGCUUUCUGGGCGUAUCGAGAGCAACGCUGCCUUUACAGCUCCAACGGGUGGCGCGAUGGUCAUUCAGGCGGAACUUUGGGUUCCUGACUUUGCUGGAAACCCCGCCACUCGUGCUGGGCUUUGGCCCGCGUUCUGGACGUUGGGAAAUCGUCUUCGCAGCAGCGGUUGUGCUUGGCCCAAAUGCGGUGAAUGGGACAUCUUCGAGGUCACUCCCUGGCUUGAAAACCAUAACGUUGCGUCGUUGCAUUACCAAUUGAACGAUGGCACAAAGGUCACACUCAAUGACGCGAAUCAUCAUGCUGCCUACUCGGGUGGGCAGUAUCAUACCUGGGCCGUGAAGGUCGAUCUACGCAAUAGUGAUUGGACACAGCAAACGUUGAGCUUCUGGCUUGAUGGGACGCAAUACUACAGUGUUAGUGGGUCGCAAAUCGGGGACCAAGGACUUUGGUCGACGCUUGCAUGGUGGGAUUACUACGUCAUCUUCAACGUCGCUGUUGGAGGCGGCUACCCUGGCAACCCUGGCUCACAGACCGUUGCGGGUUACGACUCUUCCAUGAGAGUCAGAUAUGUCGCCGUCUAUCAAACUAACUGA